UAGGUGAAACUUUAUCUGAUUUGUGAGACAAAUUCUACAGAAGAAGCCACAAAACUUGGUACAGAAAUAACUGUCUGCAGUAAACCAAAAAUAAAUGAUUAUGAUCUAGUGCUAACUGAUAGUUUAGAUCAGAAACGAAGUGUGACAAUGAAACAUGAUGGUUUCAUGAUUCUACUUUCAAACACUGAUAGUCUUCAUACAGAUAUGAAAGUGCUAUCAAGAAUUUCUUCAAGUGAUGGAACAUACAUAUACUUGCUCCAAAAGGAAGAAACCACAAAACCAAAAUUGAAGACACUAACCAUUGCAAGUGAUGACCAGUUUUUGUGGGUGGAUGACCUAAAGCAGUGUAUUGCAAGUGAUGAACAUGAUAUACUUCUGAUUUCAGAAGACAAGAUAUCAAAUGGUUUAGUGGGUUCAGUUAAAUGCCUUAGAAAUGAACCUGGAGGGGAGAAAAUCAGAUGUCUGGUGCUGCUUGAUCCUGAUGUUCCCAAGUUUGAUCCUAAUCUUCCAUUCUAUAGUGACCAACUUGCAUUAGGAUUGGCAAUGAAUGUAUAUAAAGAUCAAUGCUGGGGAAGCUAUAGAUACACUUUGCAACCACCAGAACCAAAAUCAGUAAUGACAGAAUAUGCUUACAUUGACAUACAAAACCCUGGAAAUUUGUCUAGUCUGUGUUGGUUGCAGGCAGAGCCACCACUCAGCAGCAAUAAAGUGGACAUUCCAGAAAAUUCUUUCUCUGUGUAUUUUUCUGCUUUGAAUUUCAAGGACCUUAUGAUGGCAACUGGAAAACUCCCAAUUAAUGUUAUCUCAGGACAAUUAUCAGAACAGAACAGCAUACUUGGUCUGGAAUUCUCUGGGAAAAACAGAAAUGGUAGGCGAGUGAUGGGCAUUCUUCCUGGCCAAGGCUUUGCAGCUAAUGUUAUUGCUGAACAAGUUUAUGAUGUUCCACAGUCAUGGACAUUAGAGGAUGCAGCUACAGUACCUGUUGUCUACACUACAGCAUAUUAUGCUCUCAUCAUAAGAGGAAGGCUGAAACGUGGAGAGACUGUUCUGAUUCAUGCAGGUAGUGGUGGUGUGGGGCAGGCAGCUAUCUCAAUUGCACUGCACAUGAAUUGUACUGUGUAUACUACAGUUAGUAACCAUCAUAAAAAACAAACACUUUGUUCAAUAUUCCCACAGCUUAAGGAAUGCAACUUUGCAAAUUCAAGAGAUACAAGCUUUGAACAACAUAUUCUGAGGGAAACUCAAGGAAGAGGGGUGGAUCUUGUUCUCAAUUCUCUUUCUGGAGAUAAACUACAAGCCUCAGUUCGAUGUGUUGCUGAAUAUGGACGUUUCAUUGAAAUUGGCCAAUAUGAUCUGUAUACAGACAAACAACUAGGUCUUGGUGUGUUUCUGAAAAAUAUUUCAUUUCAUGGAGUCCGUCUGGAUGUACUUUUUGGAUCUCAUCAUGAUGAUGAACUGUAUCAGCUGAAAGAGUUAAUGGAGGAAGGAUUAAGAAAAGGUGUUGUACAGCCUUUGCCCAGGAAAGUGUUUUCAAGAAAUCGAGCAGAAGAGGCUUUUAGGUACAUGGCUAGUGGACACCAUAUAGGAAAAGUUCUGCUUUGCAUAAGGGAAGAAGAAAAACACAAUGAGUCCAAGAUAUCCCAGCCCUUGAGGGUACAGGCAAAACCUAGGAUUAGCUUCACUCACAAUGCAGUCUGCAUUGUUACAGGUGGUCUUGGAGGAGUUGGCCUCCAGCUAUCAAACUGGCUAGUUUCACGUGGCCUACGACAGUUGGUCAUUACAUCUAGAAGAGGUGCAUGCACAGCAUAUCAGCAGCUUUGUCUGGAAAGAUUGAGGAAAAAGGGUGUGGCAGUGCAUGUUGCUGUGGAUAAUAUGUGCACAAAUGAUGGAGCAAAAAGCAUUAUAAACCAGGCAAAUAAAAUGGGCACUGUCAUUGCAAUAUUUCACCUGGCUGUAGUGCUAAGAGAUGGCCUCAUACAAAAUCAAUCAGCGGAAACAUUCCGUGAAGUAUGGGAACCCAAAUAUUCAGCAGCAUACUGGUUAGAUAUGGAAUCUAGAACACUAUGCCCUGAUCUUAAGUACUUUGUAUUUUUCUCAAGUGGAUCUGGACCAUGUGGUGUUCCUGGGCAAUCAAAUUAUGCAUUUGCCAAUUCCGCAGUAGAGCAUCUGGUUGAAUCCCGCAGAGAAUGUGGAUUCCCUGGCUUAUCUAUUCAGUGGGGACCAGUUGCUGAUGUUGGACGUGCAGCAGAUAUUGAAUUUCUAUAUGGAAUAAAACACCAAACCAUAGCCUCUUGCAUGAUGGAACUUGAAAAGCUAAUGCUGAACCCUGAAGCAAGUGUAGCAAGAUGCAUGGUGAUCAGCAAUGACAUCAAUACUUGUUCUUCCAUCAGAGGACAUCAAAGAAGUGCUGACGUGUUGACCAACAUUACUAAAAUUCUUGGACUACCUGACACUAGCACCUUAUCACCAGACAUGACAUUAGAAUCACUUGGCAUGGACUCAUUAAUGCAAAUAGAGAUACGUCUCUGCAUUGAGCAAUAUUAUGGAAAAUCCCUUAGUGCAGAGGAAGUUCACACUCUCACUGUUCAGAAUCUGUUUGAUUUUGACAGAGCAUACACAUCAGAACCAAGUGGCAGAACAAGUCCCAUUAGUGAAGCCGAUGCACCAAAAAAAAUGGAGCAUUUCCAAAUAGAAAGGACAGAAGAGAAACAUUCGAAAGCAGCUGAAAAGGAGUUUGUACUUUUGGACUUCAGUGCUUCUCCACUUGUUCCAGAAGAGACUCUGGUGAUGCUUGCCAAUGAAACUUGUUGUCAGGCAAUGCCCAUGUUCUUUGUGCAUCCAAUAGAUGGAACUUGCAGACUUUUACAAGAAACUGCACAGAGCAUGAAGAGAGCAGUCUAUGGACUGCAACUUUCUUAUGGAUCACCACGAACAACACUUAUAGAGCUUGCGACAUUUUAUGUCAGACAAAUGCGUACAGUGCAAGCAACUGGUCCUUAUAUACUUCUUGGUUACUCUGCGGGUGUUGCCAUUGGUAUUGAAAUGGCCAGGCAGUUGGAAGCAUCUGAAGAAACAGUAUUUCUGAUCACACUAGAUUUCUUACUGAAUCCACUGGAAAAUGGUUUUACAACAUUCUCCAUUUUGGAAGUUGGUUUUCUGACACAAACAGUGUCACACUUCGUUUCCAAUCUUGAUGAAGACAAACUCAAAUCAAAACUAUUUGCUCUGCCUGACUGGUAUGCACGGCUUGAGUACUGUCUUCACCUUGUUGGCCCAUACCAUCCCAAAGACCUUCAAGCAGCUCUUGAGAACUGUCACUGGUUUCUAAAAGCCAUUAUUGAAUACAGUAUUCCAUCUGACAAAGUACUGAGAUCACCUCUCCUGCUUAUAGCAGCAACUGAUGGGAUCAUUAAGCACAGAAUAAACAAACGGUAUAAUUUUCAAAAGAUAACGGCUGGACCUAUUGAUAUAAAAUAUGCGGAAGGCAACCAUAAAACAUUUUUGCAAGGUCCAGAGAGAUGUAAAGCAAUAGCCCAUAAUAUAAAUGAAUGGUUACAAGAACACAAGUCCCUGCUACUGGAUGAUUCUGAGAAUCUACUGUGACACAGUACCAUGCAAAUACAUCAAGCAAAAACCUCUUUUGCACAUACAAAUGGCAU